CGCUCUGCUGACAAAUAGCUCCGACCUGCUGCGGCUCACACAGAUCCGAGAGGGCAUGAACACGACCGGGGGCUUUUUGGACACGUUUCGGUCACAGCUUUGCUCCCGGUUCCACGUUUCCAGUGCGGAAGGAACCAAAUAAAACCGUGCGUAAAACCGUGCGCACCGGGCAGGACGCGCAGAAGUCGGCUACCUGGCCUUGAAACAGCGUCUGAUCGAGAACCUGAGGAUAAUUUCCAACUCUUCUUCUGAUCUCCUGGACUAUAGAGUGACCGCAGAGGGAAUGUGAGAUCCGGUUUGAGCAUCUGAACGGGAGAUAAUCGGUGUAACGCGCUCGGUGACCGCAAAGCUCAGACUAUGCAGCAUCCCUUGGACAUGGGCGCUCAUUACUAUCCUCCGGAAGUUCACCCGGACCACAGAACUCACCGCUACAGGAGUUUCAUGAUAGAGGAGAUCCUCACAGACCACCCGGAGCACAAAACCUCUGCUCCGGCCGGGGAACUACUCAAAUUCGGGGUACAAGCUCUGCUGUCCGCCCGGCCUUUCCACAGCCAACUGGUGUUAAAAGCCGACCAGACAAGCCUGCUCAAGUUCCCCAUCUCCCCGCUGUCCUGCUCGCUGGGGUCCCCGCUGGGCUCCCCGCUGCUGUCCGCCGCCACGGGCCUCCAGGUCGGCGCCGCGUCCCACCACCUGCCGCUGGACCUCCACCUCCGCGGGAAGCUCGAGCACGGAGCCGACGGAAGCAGCAAGACCAAGAAGGGCCGACGGAGCCGCACCGUGUUCACCGAGCUGCAGCUCAUGGGCCUGGAGAAACGAUUCGAGAAGCAGAAGUACCUGUCGACCCCGGAUAGAAUAGACCUCGCUGAAUCUUUGGGCCUUAGUCAGCUCCAGGUGAAAACAUGGUACCAGAACAGGAGGAUGAAAUGGAAGAAAAUUGUUUUGCAGGGAGGAGGCCUGGAGUCCCCCACUAAACCGAAAGGUCGUCCGAAGAAGAACUCCAUCCCCAGCAGUGAGCAGCUCUCCGAACAGGAAAGAUCUGUUGCCGAAGCUGACCGCCAGUCCGAGGGAUCCAGCUCCCACUUAGAGAACACUCAGGAGGAAUGACCCCCAUUACAAAAUACAAAACCUCUGGACACUGAACUCGUGCAUCUUUUGGGUUUUGGACCCCGAAUAACUCCCUCCUCCCUCCCAAAAAAAAGGGCACAGAGAUGAUGCUCCAAAAGUCGGACGGCCUCGUGUAAAGACUCGCAGACCCUGCAGAGCCCUGAAGUGUGCAGGCCUCGUCCACCCUCCAUCCUCCAUCCUCCUGCAGUGUUUUUGUCAGUAUGCAUUCCCUCAUGAUGAACUUGCCGCUGUUGAGGAGAGAACUCGAACCUUUGCAGUAGGUCGACCCUUUAUAUUCUAAGGAUCACUUUCACUCAUCCGUUUUUGCAUUCCUUUUGUGUAACUAUGCUAUGUUUAAUUAUUAAAUAUAUUUUCACUAAUAUGCUUCUCUUUUAUUAUCAAGCACAUUAAAGCCUGUAAAUCCACUUUAUUUAUGUUUAGGGCUGCAAUUAACGUUACUUUCACUGUUGAUUAUUUUCUCAAUUAGUAUUUUAGUCAGAAAAUGGUGAAAGAUGCCCAUCGGUGCUUCAAGAUGACCCUUGAGGCAAAAGAUUUUCAGCGAAGAACCAGAGAAUUUUAUAUCUUUUUCUAAAAAAAAAAAAAAAAUCAACAAACCCAUUAACUGAUUAUUAAAACAGCUGAUGAUUAAUUUAAUAAGUGCCCAUUAAUCGUUGCAGCUCUGUUUAUAUUCAUGAAAUCCACAUCUUGUUCACAUGCAGCCUAAUAUGGACACUUCCCAUUACAAAAAGGUCGCUGGGGAAUCCUGACAUAUUUGGCAGGUCAUGUUAAAAUGAACAGAAACAGACAGAAAGACACAUAAUAACGUAUCUGAGUCAUUAAAUGUUGCUUAUGUUAAAAGCAAGAAAAUCAAGCAGCUGAGGAGAACUUGCGAGAAUAAAUCCUGAUUUAUUGUUAUUACUGUGCUGUUUAAUAGAAUUUCUCGUUGAAAUGAGUUUGACACGAGCGCCAUAAACUACUGCUGAUCAUGUUUAAUAUGGGAAAGGAAGUGGAAAAGACACGGGACUCAGAUGAGGAACAAGACAUGUAACAAAUGCCUACUGCUUUAGGACUUUAAAGAUUUGCAUUUUAUGCAAAUGCACUGGCACUAACAUUUAUUAUGUCAAAAUUCACUGUAAAAAAAAAAAACUCCAUUAAGGGAAAGCAUUUGUUUUAAUACAUUUAUUUAAUGAUUAAGGAGGAAAUGAAAGCUGAGUUGGGCUGGACUUGUAUUUAAUGCAGAUGUUUCACUCAGAUAAUUCAAUAUUUAUUAAUUAAAAGUCAGUGAAAGUAUAUUAAUGUUUUUUCUUUACACUGGAAGAAAUCAAAAUCUUACCAAGUGUAUUU